AUGGGUUUUCUUGGAUUCGGGAGGGAGUCUGCCCCUCCGCCGACCGUACCAACCGACACAAUCAUUCCCUUCCACUACUGGGAUGAUGACCAUCAUACAAGAGGCCUUUCCUUCGACGUCACGUUCCGCUUCGAUGACGUCCUGGACCCGGAGAAGCUUCGGUGUGCGCUAUCCCGGCUGCUAGAAAUAGGAGACUGGCGGAAACUCGGUGCUCGAAUCCGAAGGAAUGCAGAGGGGGGUCUGGAGUACCAUGUUCCACAAUGUUUCGACGACAAGCGGCCUGGCUUCGCAUACUCCACGGUCGCAUAUGACAUGAACGUGGCCGACCAUCCACAAACAUCGCGUUUAGCUCAGCCUCACCACCUUGAUGCCGCUGGUCGCCCGGCCGUUCAGGGCAUUACAUAUACAACUACACCGGAGUUCAGAUCAUUCAUCCGGACUCCUGCUUUCCCCGAUCGCUUGGAAGGUUGGCUCUGUUCAGACAGUCCCCAGCUGGGGGUUCGCAUUAUCACCUUCCUAGACGCGACACUUGUUACCGUUUCUUUCCUUCAUAGCUUGACGGACAUGAUGGGACUUGAUGCCGUUCUGGACGCCUGGUCUGCAGUGCUGCGCGGACGAGAAGAUGAAGUGAAGCCGUUUGUGGGAUUCGCUCAUGAUCCUUUAGCUGGCCUCACCGAGUCGAAGACAGAACCGUUGCAGAAAUACGUCUUUGCCGACACGCUGCUCAUAGGGUGGACCUGGUUUCUGUUUGCAUUGCGGUAUAUUCUUACGAUUGAGCUGUUUUGGCAGCACCGGGAGGAGGAACGGGUUAUCUUUUUGCCCGCAAAAUACCUGCAACAGAUGCGAUCUAAGGCGAUGGCGGAGCUUGCAUCGCGCGACGCCAACGACGGCGGCAGACCCCUUUUCGUCAGUGAGGGUGACGUUCUGUUUGCUUGGUGGACGCGCGUGGUUCUCCGAGCCGAAAAACCUUGUCCCAGCCGCACAGUUAACAUGCGGAAUACAUACUGUUGCCGGUCAAUCUUAGCAGAGCUGGGCCACAUACCAUCCGCCACAUGUGCAUUGGUAACCAAUGCCGUAUUCGCAACCCUGACAUUCCUUUCCGUUCGCCAGGUUCUCGAAGAACCUUUAAGCUUCACCGCAUUUGAAAUCCGCAAGUCUCUUAUCCAGCAACGGAACGCCGAACAACUCCAAGCACUGGACAGCAUCCAGAGAAAUACUCUGGACAAUGCACAUCAUCCAGCCCUAUUCGGAAAUCCUAGUAUGUACACGGUAAUGAUGUCAAACUGGGUCAAAGCAAAACUGUUCAAAGUUGAUUUCUCCGCUGCCGUCAUAAGAACGGGAAUGGCAACGGACAAGCGAAGCAAUCAGCUGGGCAGACCAUCUUGCAUCCAAGGAACUGGGACUAAAGGCUACGCGACGCGAAACACUGGCGUGGUGAUUGGAAAAGACGCUGCGGGUAAUUUCUGGUUGUUGUACAGCUUGCGGAAAGAAGUCUGGCCGGCUGUAGAGCAACAACUUCUGUCUAUGUCUGAUGAAGAUGCCACAUAA